CAAGAAGAAAGAGGGAGGUGCCAAGCGUGCCCAGAGGGCUUCCUCUAAUGUCUUCUCCAUGUUUGAGCAGACUCAAAUCCAGGAAUUCAAGGAGGCUUUUACACUUAUUGAUCAAAAUAGGGACGGUUUCAUUGACAAGGAAGAUCUUAAAGACACAUAUGCAUCUCUUGGUAAACUGAAUGUCAAAGACAGUGAACUGGAAGACAUGCUUAAAGAAGCCACUGGUCCAGUCAAUUUCACUAUGUUCCUUAAUCUAUUUGGAGAAAAACUGCAUGGCACUGAUCCUGAAGAUACCCUGCUUAAUGCCUUCAAGAUGUUUGAUCCUGAUGCAAAAGGCUUUGUACAUAAAGAUGAAAUACAACACAUCCUAAUGACACAAGCAAACAAGUUUAGUGCAGAAGAGGUACGUCAGAUGUUUCAGUCCUCAAACAUCGACUCAGCAGGAAACCUGGACUACAAAUCGCUCUGUUACAUAAUCACACAUGGAGAGGAAAAGGAGGAGUGAGGACCGUGAGCAGAGAUCAGCACAUCACUGUUAAUACUGCCGACUCAUGCUGUCAUCAUCUAAUAAAAAUCAGUAGUGUGCCACUUUUUUCCACUUUAUUCCUUAAAAUGAGAGAAAUGCCUGAGAUUCUUCUGCUGAGCUUCCCAAAAAAAGAGGUUUCAUGGAUAGAAGAAACCAUUGUAAGUAUAUAUGAAAAUGAAAGGACUGGCCAAUAUUGUUACUGGAAUCAUGAAAAUCUGAAAAAUAA